AUGAGCAACGAUGCAAAUCAGUAUCACAGGACGUCAGGAUCACUCAAUGUAAAGUCAUCGUAUGGAUCAAUAAAUCACUAUAAUGGAGUACGCACUCCCCCGAGAUCUCCCAUGCCGCUUCGGCCUGUCAAGGAAAAUGAAUCUUUGAAUUUUAGUCUUGCGAGCAUGGGAAACCUGCUGGGAACAAAAUCUAGUGACGACAACAACGAUGACGGCGACGACAACAACAAUGUCAACACCCCCAGAAAGAGGUGUACGAUGGCCCACUGGGUUUUGGGAUUAGUCAUCGUCAUUUACUCCCUAUUAAUCUGUGUUUUUAUUAUAGGGAAGAAGAGCCGAGCUCCAUCAUCACUCGAUUCACCAAGUGAUGGUUUAGCUUCGGGUGGACUAUCAAAGAUCCCUUUCCCUUCCAUUAACCGCUCUGAGUUUGGAAAGAAUCCUCAAUCAGCGUCUUCGAUUGUGAAUCCUGAUUUAUUUGCUUCCGGCUUGUUGGGAGAAGGAAAGAGCCUGCUGAAGGUUCCCUUUCCUACUGGUGCCUUUUGGACCAAUCUUGUCAUUCAACCAACCGCCGACCGAGAAUUAUCCUUUCCGAUCAUGGCUUACCCAUAUGCCUAUAAAUGGAACCCUACGAUGCUACAAGUAUCAGUGCCAUCGCUGUACAGCUUGAUGGAUGCCAUCUCGCUUCGACACAUUUUCAUGGCAGAUUUGACGCUUUCCGUCGCUGAUCAAGAGUCAAUAUCCAAACGUUUCGUCCACUACUUUGAUCCCUUGAGUGUUACGCUGCGCUAUGAAUCCUCCAAUACCACAAAGUAUUGGGAAACCUUUGUGGUUCAAGGAAGUCCGUACAUUACAGCAAAGUACGAGAAUAUGAUUCCCAAAAUUCGAGCUCUGUCCAUUUUUCACAGCAUUUCCUGCCUCGGGACGGAUGGUGACACUUGCGUUGAGCUGGAAAGUGAUGAAUCCACAAAGACCAUUCGAUUGAAUGGCACCCAAUUUGCACUCGAGACCAACGAAAACCUGACUUGGCUCGUAUUUUCAUCAGAACCGAUUACUCUAGUCUUUGACAACAUACGCAAGACGACAGUCAAAACUGAAAACUCCUUUACUGGUAUUUUGCGACUGGCCUUGGUUCCGCCACAUCUCGAGGAAACGAUUGAGUAUACGAGCCAGAUGCCGCAAAGUUACGAGAGUGUAGACCUUGAUGGAUCCACUGGCGUGAGUCAAUUGAUAGAACAUGCCAAUUCUUAUCCAACUGGUGUUGCUCUUUCGUGGAGCUUUCCCUCAAAGGAUAUGGGCGCUUUGGCAUUUGACUUCAAGGUCAAGGAAAUGACGUCCCGAGACAGUUCCACGAGCACUCUUCUCAUGCUAGCCUUGCCCCACCACGUGGAUAUCUUGUCGCAACAGAGCUCCAAAAAGUAUACACUUCUUUCCAACAAAAAUCAAUUUGAUCUCAUCUACGAAACCAUCAAGGGCCCCAUGAAAGCAGUGGUUGGCAACUCCUGGAUUCUCCCGGAGGAACUGACGACGGUUGGUUUUGAUCAUGAUUACACGCUAAAAAAAGCGUAUGGAUUGAAUAAUGCUACUAAAUCAAUCAUCAUGGAUCAAGUCGUUUUGGACGUCAAGCGAGUUUUGCCAACAAUGGACGAGAAUGUCUACGGUUACGGAAAACAAGUGGCUCGGUUGGCACAAUUGAUCAACAUUGCCAAAACCUUGACUGCAGACCAGUCUGGCUUUGGCAACAAGUAUACGUCGGCCAUUCACGAUGCCCAACUAGUCUUGCACCAUUUUCUGAGCGCCUUUUUGAGUGGCGAGACUGACGACUCGUUAGUGUUUGACUCCGAUUUUGGUGGGCUUGUCACGAAGGAUGGUUUAGACGACUACAUGAAUGACUUUGGUAACGGCUGGUACAAUGAUCAUCAUUUUCAUUAUGGGUACUAUUUGUACGCUAGCGCUUUGAUGGGACAGUGGAAUGAGACUUUUGUUGACGAGUACGGAGAAUAUGUCGAUGCCAUGAUGUAUGAUGUUACCGAUCAAGGGACUGGAAGUUCCAAGGAUUUUGGCAAUGGAGCCUUCUUUCCGUUGGCAAGGCACAAGGCAUGGUUCGAUGGACACUCGUUUGCUUCUGGUCUAUUUCCUUUUGCAUCUGGCAAGUCCAUGGAAAGUUCCAGUGAGUCCAUCAAUUGCUACUACGGUGCCUACUUGUGGAACAUGGUGAGAGGAACCAGCAACCUUCAGUCGGAUAAUUUCAACUUUGCUCGAUUGCUUUUGGCAACUGAACUUCGUGGUGUGCAAACCUAUUGGCACAUGCACUCGGUGUCCAAUACUAGCAUCGCCAAGUGGCAGACUCUAUACAAUCCCGUCCUUACCAAGAAUUUAAUGAUUGGCAAUCUCGGAAUGAUGGACGUCACAGUGUCGACAUGGUUUGGGAAUAAUCCACUCUAUGUCCACAUGAUCAAUUUUUUGCCCGUCACUCCGAUUACUAGGGAAUUGUUCACUACGGAAUACGUGGAAGAAGAGUUUAACAAUGUGAUUGAGCCAAUGUACAACAAUGUUGAAAUGGCAUGGAAGGGAUAUGUGGUGUGUGACUUGGCACUUUUGGACCCAAACAAAGCAUUUCAGGAUGCCCUAAAGCUACGAAGCUUUGAACUGGACCAAGCCAUUAGCCAGAGUCAAGUCUUAUAUUUUGCUAGCACCAUGGCGAGUUUUGACGAUUCCAAUAUUACAGCAAGUAACGAUGAUUCGUCAACAGGGUCAGAUAUGAAUUCUCCUUAUUGUGCCGACCACCCAGGUUGCAACUCUUUGGCACUGACUGGAUUGUGUUGCCCAGCACCUUCUGGCGCAAAUUUGGGAUGCUGCGGCAGUAAAUCAUCAGCAGAAGGAGGUAACACCACCAAUGCUACCGAAACCACUAGUAACGAAUCGGAUAGCGACUCGUCCUGUUCCCUUUACGAAGCGUGCGAAGCAGCCGGAUUGAGUGGAUCCUGUUGUCCAACAGAAGGUGGCGUUCAACUGUUGUGUUGCGAUUCAUGA